AAUAAUGAAGAACAAAAACGUGUACAUACAAAAGAUGCCUCGCACGGAAGUAGUUAAAACGCAAGUCGGCAAGCAUUGCCAGGAAGUGGCUCUAUGCUGCCAUCUAUCUGCCCAUGUAAGAUAUCCCUACAAGGGGUUUCGAAGGCGACCAAACUAACGACAAACUGAACAAAAAAAAGGAACGUAACAGAAGAAAAAGGAUUCAUUAAUGCAGCGUUUCUCAACCUGUGGGGCGUGUAAACAUUAAUGGGGGGGCGCAGCAUAUCAGAAAAAAAACACUAACUGCAUUAAAUAAUUUAUUAAAACGAAAAGAAAACAAAAUCCUGACAUAAUUAAAAAUAAAAUACACAUUCAGAUCUAUUCACUAAACGUGGUUGACUACCGUCAAUAGUUGACUUGAUAUCAACUAAUAUUCUCAAUGUUGAAAAUAUUUGGUAUUCGGUAACAGCGUUGAUAAGACUGCUAAUUGACAUUAAAGUUGUCAAUAAUUACUAUGUGUGGCAACGCUGCAAAUAUGUAUAGUAGUUCAAAUAAAUCUAGUUAUUCUAACCUAAAACCUCACUCUUCUAACCAUACUUUGAAACACAAAAAGAGCUACUCCGGCACAGUUAAUGUGCCUAAUGGACUCUGUGGAAUGCAAUAACACCAUUUUAUAUGGAAAAGGAACAUCUGAAGUAAAAAAAGAAGCCUGGGAGAAAGUUACUGCUAGAGUAAACGCUGUAGGAGGUUGUACCAAAAGUGGAGACGGCUGGAAAAAUGCAUUUACUGUAUGGAAAUCACAUAUUAGAAAAAAAAUACGGGAGGGUACAACGUUAACGGAUUUAGAAGAACGGUGCUCCAAAUUAUCUGGGUUGCCAACUGUAGCUACGGGUAUGGAAACCAUAACUGAACUUGGUAUGCUCCCUGUCGAAGAUAAUAUAACUAUAGGGACCGUACUGGAACUACAAGAUGUUGAAAUUGAGCAUCAACAGGAGGAAGAUCUGGAGCAGGAAAUGGAACAAGCUGGUCCUUCAACGAUUGUGGAACCAAAAGGCACAACAGUGAAGAAAAACAGACCAAGAAAGACACCUAAUGAAUUGUUGGAAAACCAUACACUUGCCACUGUUGAUGGACUUCAAAAUAUAUCUCUUGGCUUGCAGUCUCUCGCAUCUGCAAUAAAUAAUUUAGCAAAAGCCAUUCGUGAAGGGAGCCAUGACAAUCAAAAGUGAUUUUACUUAUUAUUAAAAAGUAUGUUGAUAGACUGGAAAAAAUAAAGGAUAU